AAACUCAUUUCUAUAAUGGCUGCCAUGAAGUGUUGUCGGUUGGCUAGCGUUUCUCGAUCUGAUAUCUUAUUAUUGACAGUUUUGAUAAAAUACAAAGCGAUGUGUCCGAAGUGACGAUCCGAUAUCCAAAGAGUGUAACGGACGCGUAAAGUAUCUUGGCAGCUAAUUAAUAAGCAGCGAUAAACAGUGAAUAAUACCCGUGAAAAUUGAGCUCCACUUCUGUCUAUGCGACGCAGUGAUCACAGAAAGAAAUCUUUGAAAGUUGGCCCGUCAUCCGCCACUCUUCUCCCUUACCGAACGCUGCAAUAGUAGAGGAAAAAUUUGUUCGACCUGCUUAGACGACUAGAUAAAAUUAAAAUAUGUGAAUCCUAACCGUGCGUGCUGUAAAACUUCCCCAAGACAAACUGUCACGGCACGCGACUUGUGAUCCAGAACCUGCCUAGAUUUUGACAGUAAACAAAACUGACAGACAAGUUAGCCUGUUUUGCAGGUCAUGGCUGUUGUAAUGGUGAUAAAUAGAGUCGUUUAAAAUAAAGACAGCCAAUGCUGGUAGGAUAGAAGAGUUUAGGGGUAUUAUACUCUGAGAUUGUAAUUAUUUGAAAGCAGUUCUUCAUGCGAUAUAUAAAAACUAAACUGAAUGUGUUGAUAAAAAUUCGUGCUGAUGUGUUUGAUAGUAUUCUAACGUAAAUAAGUGUGAAACGAAAGAAUCUUCGGUGUGAUGCGGGUCUGUGAAAGCUUGAAAGCUGUUCGUUGUGCCAUUUGUAACGCGUCUUGUUAAUACGCCGUAACAAAAUGUUAGGCAAAGUACCGCCUUCCAAUACCCCUGGACCACCGGUAUCUGUAUCUCCGUUGAAUACUGGCACCAGACCAUCAUCCACGUGCUUGCCGUGUUUUUCUACUGAUGAAGUCGCCGCAGCAAAUUUAGAUGAAAAAGUGAAGACAUGGAGGCCAAAGGAAAACGAGCCAGUCGUGUCUGAGGCUCCAGGCAACACGAGUGCCGAUGUGAGUAAGCCUCGCAGGUCGGAACCCAAAGCUUCUCAUUCGCAUUUGCACUCCAGGGAAUCUUCCUCCUCGACUUUGAAUUUCGCGCCAUUUAAAGAGCAUAAGAUAUCAUUCGGUGCGAGAGAUUCGUCGUUGUCAUCAAUGAUACACAAAUGUUCUUCCAAUCCCAACUGCCCUGCACUCAAGUCGAACUCCGGUAUUAAUUGCGCUUCCAAAAUAUCAAAAAACCUUUCGUUGUCAAGUCUGGGGUGUUUGAAUGUUGACGUUAUAAACAGGGAAGUCAAUAGAGCGACGAAAAAAUUGUCUCCUGGUAACAGAGACAAGGAGACAUUGAGACCUGCCAAAGAUCAGCGUAAAGCGUGCGCUGGAAAUCCUUCGCUUUGUGUUAAGCAAGGUGAAAAGGGUGGCAGCGAUGAGGAAAAGCACGGCGAAUCACACUUCCCAGAUUUUCAAUCCAUGCCGGAGGCCUGCAAUGGCCAAUUAUUGGGAGCCAGAACGUCGGCGGGUUUUGAAAAGGUGCCUGAAUAUCGCUCAGGCGGCGUCGAUACGUACGAUGAAACAAACACUCUGCCAAAUCAGAUGAAUUUCGUUUCUUCAAACCCGUUUAAAGAAUGCGAAAACACUGACAAUCUGCAGCAUUGUCUUUCGUUUCCUUCGCUCCAUUUACCCACUGAAUUGCAAAGCGCACCUAGGAGUCUGAAGGAUCGUGAGAAGACGAGGGACCCUUGGAAACCCACGGAACUCGAGGGGCAGAGCGGCGCUAAUUUAAAUGUGUGUUCCGGUGAUGCCAGUCAAGAUUUUUCAUCGACUAAAAGGAGAACUGGAGCUUCUUGUCAAGCCCUUAGACAUGCCGUCGCUUCUCUUAACCGACUCGAUGAUUUUUAUCUCGAAAAAAUUGGCGCCGGUUUCUUCUCCGAAGUCUUUAAGGUGACUCACAAAGUAUCGGGUCAAGUUAUGGUCUUGAAAAUGAACCAACUGCCAGCUAACAGGCCAAACAUGCUCAAAGAAGUUCAAUUGAUGAAUAAACUGAGUCAUCCGAAUAUAUUGAGGUUCAUGGGAGUCUGCGUCCACGAGGGUCAGCUCCAUGCUCUUACAGAAUACAUUAAUGGCGGCAGCUUAGAGCAGCUGAUUAUGGCCAGACACGUCGCACUACCUCAUUUAGUGAGAAUGAAUCUUGCCAAAGACGUUGCUAGGGGAAUGACCUACCUUCACAGUCGAGGCCUAUUUCACCGUGACCUGACAUCUAAGAACGUGUUAAUUAAAAAAGAUAAAGCGAACGGUGAAAUGGUCGCUGUUGUUGGAGAUUUUGGGCUUGCAGCUAAAAUUCCCGAUCCAAAUUCUGGCUACCGAUUGAGCACAGUCGGAAGUCCGUAUUGGAUGUCGCCCGAGUGUCUUAAGGGACAAUGGUACGAUCACAGAUCGGAUGUCUUUUCAUUUGGAAUCGUCGUCUGUGAGCUUAUUGGGAGAGUCUCUGCCGAUCCCGACGUUUUAUCAAGAUCCGAUAAUUUUGGCCUAGAUUAUCUAGCUGUCGGCGAAAUCUGCAGCGCCUCCGAUCCACCACCCGCAUUCUUGCAAUUAGCCUUUAAUUGUUGUAGAUACGAGCCAAAGUCAAGGCCAACUUUUCCAGAGAUAGUUGCCAGCUUGGAGACAAUAAUACUGUCUUACGAAGAGGAAGUCAAAGACGCACUGAACAAACGGCAAUCUGUUGAUCCAGCACUGCUCUCUAGUUUGGAUGAGAUUGGAAGAGAGAGUCGAUGCCUUAAGAGAAGAGCAGCUAGGCAGAGAAGUCAUUCAGCAGAUGCGAGGGGCUGCGACAACGCAACCCCGUCAGACAAAGCUAGAUGCCAUUCGGCUAGACGUGUCGCGGAACUGGCAAGCAAGAGAGAUCCCCACUACAGGCCCAUGACGGCGAAUCCAUUCCAUGCCCUGGGCGGCGUCAAGAAAAUUUUGGGUGAUUUAUUCUCUAGCUGUUUGGAAUUACCGUCGGUGGAAGAUGUUAGACCAACUCUUACCGACAGCGGGUCAAAUAAAUUCAAACCUGCACAGAACGACAGUAUAGCUAAAAUUUUAAACAGGAGGAAACCAAAUUCUGAGCCAAGCAGUCCGACUGCUAGAAAAAAGUGGGAGAAAAAGGUCGCUACAAAAGUCGGUGCUGCUAGUUCGUUCACUCAUCCCUUGUUCAGGGAAGGUUGGGAGCCAAGAAGACGCGGUAGCUGUGAAUCUGGAUUCUGGAGCUGCGUCGGUGAAGAUCUCAGCCCUGAACCGCCUAAUCGUAGACACGCUUCCACGCUGAGUAGCUCGGCAGCUAGUAGUUUAUUUUUAUUAGACGAUCACAGAACUAGCUCUAUAUACACAGACUCUUCGGAAGAUAUAGCAAGUCUUGGCGGCGGGGAUUCGUCUUAUUGGGAGGAUAGACUAGGCAGCAUAAAUUCGACUAGCAAAACUAUAUCUAAGAUAGUAGAAUACUUUGAGAGGAAACAAGCUUCCGGUAGCAGUCUAAGGAUAGGGGAAUCUAGUCUGGAAGUCGGACCGAGCAGGAUAGCUCUGUUGAGAGCAAGUAUGGAGGAGACUGUACCUAUUUGUAGUAUCUCUGCGGCUCAACGACUCGUCGUAUGCGAAGGCGCUGUACGUAGCAAACUUUCGCUAUUUGAUAAAAAAUGACAGAUCCGGUUAUCCAGCUCUACGUAUGAUAUUGAGGGAUUUUGAGUAUUUUUCAUUCUAGUUUUUUGUUUUUUUUUUUCAAUUUUUUGUGAGAUAAGUUAACUCCCUUCAAGGGUCAUCCAAGAUUACGUCCGUACCUGUCACCAAUGUUCCGUUUGUUUAACAGUAUUUUUUUAACAAUUGAAUUCUACCUUUCACAGUAAUUGAUCAGCGAAAAAUUUUAAACAGGUUUAUUUGCGGGUAUAUAUAUGUAUACAUAUACAUAUAGAAAGUAUAAUAUAUUAUAUAUUAUACACUAUGAUGUAUGAUAAAUAAUAAUAUAAAUUUUGUACCCGCUACUUUCAGAUUUUUAGAUCAAAAAAAUCUCUAUGUGUCAAAUUAGAUUUUAACGGAUGCUGCUUUGUCGAAUGCAUUUUUGAGUAUCCUCAAACGCGAUGGCCGUGUCGAAUAGACACCGUAAUUUACUUGAUGCAUUUUUCAUUUGCAUUUUCCUAAAAAAAAUUGUAUGACUUUGUAGUCUAUUCCCUGGUUUGCAGUAAAAUACAGAUCUUUUUUAAGGGUUCAAUUCAAUCUUUUAUUCGGCAGAUCGCAGUUGAUCUUUAUUUGUUUUUGAGCGCAGAGAGAGAAUUCGUGUCGAUCUUUGAGUGAAAAAGAUCUUUUCAUACCUUAUAAACUUGUUUAAAGAUUUUUUUUCAGAUUCAGAUUAAAUUCAAAGAACUACGAAUGUCAACUUAAUAUCGUACGUAGGAAGUCGGGCAUGCAAUAUAUAUAUAUAAUAGGUAUAUACACAUAAUAAAUAAAAAACAUAUACUUCUGUACAAACAAGUAAAAGCAAAGUGAUAAAACUAACAACACCGUUGUAAUUUUAGAGCUGUAAAUGCUUACUAUUAGUUAAUCGUAUUGAAAAAAAACAUUGAGAUUUUUACGACAGAAAUUCCGUCAUCGGAACUUAAUAGCCUUUUCUUUUUUUGUUUCCUAUUUUUAUUUCGGGGUUUACAAGUGCCGAGUUGUCACUUUCCAAGUAUUGAAACAUAUACCGCCUCAUAGUUCCUACUAGCCAGAUCCGUCCUGAACAUCCUUAUUUAGGAAAAGUGAAUCGGUUAUUCUUAUCAAAAAACUAUGUUAUUGAACUCAUAAACUACAAAUAGCAGCUGAAAAUUUCACAUCAACAAUUUAGAUAUUACUUAUACGUACAGUGGAUUUUUUUGACGGUACUUGAUUCAAUCCCAGUAUAUAUAUAUAUGAAUAGGUCUUGAAGUAUAAAGAUUAUUUAUAAUAUUUAAAUUAUUCUCCUAACUUGCAGCUUACUAAAACAAAUUCGUAGUUUUGAUGAUAAGAUCGGUUUCAUUUUAACUGGAGAACGUAUAUACCGUCCGACUAGUAGGGGUAUGCAUAAACUUGAGAAUUAAACGUGUCCCUAAUUGUAAGUUUAAUUCCUUAUCAGUAAUUAAGUCCCGUUUCGCUAUUGUUGUUACAAUGGUCAAUUUCAAACAGGGUGAAUUACUUUUCAUUUUUGCGAUCUUUUCAAGGUGGCAUGUACACCGUGUCCAUGAUUCAGCCCUACACGGGAAACGGUAGUAAGUGAACACAUACAUAUUUACUUGGUGAACACUUGUUCAUCGUCCGCACCUAUAUUUCAACGUUUCGAUAAUACUACUUUAAACUGUAGAAAGACGAUGUAUCAUAUGGUUAUCAUCAAGGACGUACGAGGUGAGUUCGGCAAUUAUUUUUUGUGACACGAUUUGCUCUGCGCAAUUUUUCUUUUUUUUUUCCUUCAAAUCGCAAAGCAUGCGCAAUAAGAAUUUCGAGCACUUAAAUCCACUUGGAGUGGAAUUAGCGAACUCAGCAGUGUAAUAGCAAGGAAAAGAAAUACGAAUAUAUGAUAUGAAAACUGAUCUAGUCAGUGUAUUUAUGAGGCGGCCUUAUAUUUUGUACGCAUUAGGGCUGAUGAAAAAAAAACAUAAUAUUGUUAUAGAAUUAAUGAUAUUGAUAAUAAUAAUAAUAUAUGCGAGGUGAAUGAAAUGCGAAUGUGCAUAAAAGUAGCAAGGAAAAAUGAGAAAAAAAUCGAAAAAUUUGUAUAAACUAAGAGGGGAUUUUGUUUAAUCGAAGGAAUUGUAUGGUGUUUGAAAUUGUUACUUGUAUUUUGAACGAACCGUAAUGAUUCUGUAGGUAACUCAGUGUUUUUUAAUUUGUGUCGUAUCCUCGCGUUGAGAUGGUGUAUUUACGAAUUUACGUAAGGGGUACAGUAUCGUACUAUAAUAAUAAAAGUAACAAAAAUCUUCAUUA